UUUAGAUACAAGAACACAAAAUGUUCUCACUACGAUAUAUCCUGUUCGCGUGUUUACCGCUGAUUUUUACAGAGGCGUCGUACGUUUUCAAUUAUUCACCAUGCAGCAUUAAAGAUAAUGAUUGUAUGAUAGAUUUAUUUCAAAAAGUCUUCCAUGACCUAGGGGAAAACGGUAUUGCAGAUAUAAAUUUAUCCCCUAUGGAUCCAUUGAAAUUAAACGACCUCUCAAUAAAAGUUUUGAAUGAAAUGAUUAUUUUUAUAAAAAAAGGAGUUGUAAAGGGAUUCAAAAAUUGCAAAGUUAAUAGUUUGAAUAUCAACUUAGAAAAACAAUUGGUAAAUCAAGAAGUCGUCUGUGAAGAUUUGACGAUCAAAGGUGAUUUCGCUAUCGAAGGCUCGAAUCCACUACUAGAAAGUCUGUUUGGAACCACUUCAAUAAAAGGAGAAGGAAAAACAAAGAUCAAACUGGAAAAAAUAAAAUUGGGGCUUGAGAUACCGGUGACGGUAAUCGAAAAAGAUGGCAAGACAUAUUUCAAAAUUUUGACUAAUAAGCCUAAAUACACUUACGAUAUACAGAAGAUGAAAUUCGAAGCCAAAGAUUUUAUGAUUGAAAAAAAUGAUCUAAGCCAAAUAGUGACGAUGUAUGUGAACGAUAACUGGAAAACCCUAUUAAAGUCGUAUGGAAAAGAAAUCAUGGACAAAGCCAUGUAUAUUUUAUUUGACGUCAUCCAUAAAUUCUACGACUAUAUCGAUACUAAGCAAUUAAUCAAGGAAGAUCUGACACAUUACAUUCACAACUAAGAUCCUUAGGAUGUAUUGUAUACAAGUUCAUAUUAAAAGUCUGUUAAAACAUGA